GCAGUUGACAGCAGCCCAGAGCAGGCCGGAGUGGGUAAACAAAACAAACACAUGAAAAAGGAGCUGCAGAAACCCAAAACUUUGAGAUACUUUAUACCUGUAGGAUGUGUAACAUUUUUCUAAAGCGGUCUGAAGUAUUUUAACGCAGAAACUUUGUAGCAAAAAAAGGGCGUGCACCUGUCAAAGCUAAAUAGGUUAACAAAGCUAACGUGUGCUAGCAGGUUAGCACGCUAGCUGGCUCGUUGAACCCGCUCAGGUUAGCUCGCUAGCCGGCCAGCCAUGUCGUCCCCGUCCUCCUCCAGGCGCCAGUGGUGCUACCUAUGCGACCUGCCGAAGAUGCCGUGGACUGUGGUGUGGGACUUCAGCGAGGUAGUGUGCCGCGGCUGCGUGAACUACGAGGGAGCUAACCAGAUUGAGUUCCUUAUAGCCAGUGCCCGACAGCUAAAACGGACUCACGGGAUGCAGGACGGUAACGUCAGGUCACCUGGUCCUUCGUCCAAUAAACACGGCACAUCUGGCAGAGGGGAUGCUGCAGCGGACGGAGGCAGGCCGCACACGGACCGCCUCGAAAGGGGAGGAAGAGGAGAGAGCACCGUGUCGGCUAUUCGUGUGCCGCCUAACGGGCUGCACCGUGACGGCCAGCCGCCGCAAGAGGUGAACCGUCAGAGCCCCAGCGGCAGCAGGAGACCCAUGUUAGGAGCUGCCAUCCCUCCUAGUCUGGUAACUCAAAGUAUCGCAGGGAUUCCCCAUGGGCUUCUUGCGGGCAUGCCGGCGGGUCUGACCGCCAGGACAGCCCCCAUGAGCAGCCCCAUGAUCUUCCCCGCCCCGGUACUGGCCGAGAUGAGCCGCAGACAGCUGGGGAUAGGGAUGGGCAUCGCCCCUUUCAUCACUCCGGAGCUGGAGCGAGAGCUCAGCUCAUCCCAGAAUCAGCCCAAGAUACAAACACAGGUCCACACUGCUUUGGCUGGCGGCAGCUCCAGCAAAAGCACGGGCCUCCCUUCUUCGUCCUCGACUCUGGCAGGAGGUGUGAGCCAGACCAGCCCCAAGCCUGCCUCAUCUCCAGCCAGGCAGCCGCGCCCCCUCACCGCGAGGUCCGGAGGGGAGCCUCUGGGAUCCAGCACCUCCGCAGAGGCUGCCACCACAGCUGCAGCGUUACCCCACAGUGGUGCCUCUGAGCUGGGAUCAGCGUCUGGCAGCAACACACAUUCAACCGGAAACACUCUAUCCUGCACCUUGUGCCAUGAGAGGCUGGAAGACACACACUUUGUUCAGUGUCCAUCAGUGCCAGGGCAUAGGUUCUGCUUCCCCUGCACCAGAGUGUACAUCCAGAACCGGCGGGGCGAUGGGGAGGUGUACUGCCCCAGCGGAGAGCGCUGUCCGUUGGACAACUCUCCCAACAGUCCCCCUUGGGCCUUUAUGCAGGGAGAAGUCUCCACCAUCCUGGGCACCGCUGGAGCAGGACCUGCAUCAGCGUCUGCAUCUGGAGCCGGAAAUGGGCCCGGUCCUGGAGCGGCAUCUGCUUCUGGGACUGGGAGUGGAGCCACCAGUGGAGCCGGAACUGCCAGUGGAGAUGUCACCGUAAAGAAAGAGAGAGAGACGUGAUGAUGAUUUCCAUGGAAACAAGGACCCAACACAGCAACAGAGUCGUAUCACAUACCAGGAGAAGACGUCUGCAAUGGAUCUCUGAGAGAUUCAGAAGAGAAGCAACACAGCAACCCACAGUUCAGCAAGCCUCCAUUACACAGGUUUUGACUCCAGCUCCCCACACCACCCAAUUUUAUCAACAUUAUCGGACCCAAAAUUGCCUUUAUGAUGUACUGUUGGAAUUAGAAAUUCAGGGCCAAUCAGCAGCUGAAUAGUGGCUACUUUUUGUCGAGUUAGUAGUUAGAAACAAGUGAUCAAGCCCACAUUAGCACUGCCAGCUCACUACUUUUAGCGGCUGGAAACAAAGAGACUGAAGUAACACAUGGACAACACCAGUUCUCAACAGAUUGUCUUAUUUUUCUACAAACAAAAAUGUAUACCACCUUUGCAAUAAUUUGGGGGGAGUACGGGGAGUACAGCACCUGCCCAGUUGGCAUGAGCUAAUACAGCAGCAGCUUGCCACACUUCAUCACUAAUCAGUCCCAAAUAAACCCAUGCAGACUCCAAAACAGCUCAACUCUGUCGUUGAACACAUUUAUAACUGUUAGGUAAUGAUAGCAUGUGAUGCUAACAGUUAGCCCUGUUAACGUGUUUGUGUAGGGCAGGUGGACUCUCACCAACUGUCCCACUGGCAGAGCUCACAGUAGCAGUAGUCUCCUAGCGCAGGUGGAGGCACUGCAGGGAUCUCAUCAUAAUUAAGCCUCUUUCUCACUGCACAAAAUCUCACUAACAUCUGGAUUUUUAAUGCAAUGACAAUGCGUACAAUCGACAUUCUUACCCAGGUCAAAUGACUCUGCACUAAACACGGGUUUUUAUCACCUCCGGCUCCAGUAGGCAUUAAUGGGAACACAACGCAUGGUUAAACGUGCUAAUUUCAGUAACCAGAAAUAUGCAAUGAUGUUCUGACGCUAAUUACUCUCCGUCUCCUACUAAACAGUGCUAAAACAUAAAAGUUAGUCUGUACAAAGUUAAAAGAGAUGUCUAAAGAGAAGGAACCAUUGAAAAGUUUUAACAGACCUCUGUUCCUGCUGGAGUCUACUGUUUACCUGAUCUCCAGCCUGUCAGUGACGUUGCAUGGACACGCUAACAAAACAACACACGCACACACACAAGCUGACAGAAAGGCAGACCCAUGUGCUGCCGCGCUGUGUUCACUGACAGUGGGAAUGCAGUAUAUCGCCUAUAGCUGGGGGGGGGGGGUUACACCUUCAAGAAGAACCAGUGUAAACUGGACGACAGAAAUAUCCAUUUCUCUAUAUGGCCAUCACUGUAUUAAUUUAUCAUUGUCCUGGGUUUUUUGUGGUAUACCAUUGCAGAUCCAUUAUAAGAAUGAAUAACCUUUGCAAACUCACAGAAAGUAGCCACAGUCCAGUGUUUAUUUUAACAGUACACUCAAUAUUGUGUUUGCACGGGAAAAGCACAAAAGCUAGUUUUUGAUCGAUCCAACACAAAUGUUUAAAGACUAAAGCAGUGGCCACGGUUGUUCCGUAUCUUUCUUGUUGAUCAGUAAACUGUUGGUCGGCAGCAUGCAGCAGGUUGUCAGAUAUCAGACUGUUUGCAGAAAAAUACAGGCUGCUCUGAGUCGAAACAAGUUGGAACUUAUCUGUCUGGGACAAAACGCCAUUUUUGCUGCCAGCUCAUGGUCUUAAUGAUAUUUAUGCUUCUACAAAUACUUUUUUCAAUAACAACUGACAUGAAAUUGACAGUUAUGAUGAAAAAAUGAACCUUAAAUUUGACAUACAGAUUUAUUAAUUUUUACUGUAUUAUGACUGAAUCUGUUUCCUGGCGCACAAUCAUAUUUUUUUUUUUUUUUUUUGGAAACAAAUAGAAAAAAAAUCUAUACCUAUAAUACACCUAAACCUAUAAUACACCUGAACAUGCAAACCAACAUGAGAUUUGGACAGAAUGCCAGUAGUAUCAUUUUUUUGUGUAUUUGUUUUUUAAUGGCUUUAAAUAAAGCUGACUGACUCAGAGAAA